GUAAGGUGGGCGGUCCCUCGCAGGCUGAAGGCGCGCCACGGUUUAAAGUGUCUUACUAGCUGAGCCCGGUCGGUGCGGGUCCCCAUAGGGAUGAUGUCGGAGUAGUCUGCUGGAGCCGGGGCUAGGAGGGAAGGCUGGCAGCUCCCGACCGGUUUUUUACAGGGCCAACAAGAAUUUGGAAUUGGCUGCUGCUUUGAACUGGUGCAGAUAUGGGAAUUCAGGGCUUACUACAGUUCCUUAAGGAAGCCUCGGAGCCCAUCAAUGUGAAGAAAUACAAGGGUCAGACGGUGGCCGUGGACACGUACUGCUGGCUUCACAAAGGAGCCUUCGCCUGUGCUGAGAAACUAGCCAAAGGAGAACCAACCGACCAAUAUGUCACCUACUGUAUGAAGUUUGUGCACAUGCUGCUGUCGCAUGGCGUCAGGCCAAUACUGGUGUUUGAUGGAUGCACUUUGCCUUCCAAGAAAGACGUAGAGAAGACCAGGAGAGAGAAGAGGAAGCUAAAUCUGCAGAAGGGGAAGCAGCUCCUGAGAGAAGGCAAGCUGUCAGAGGCCAGAGAUUGUUUUACACGUGCCGUUAAUAUCACUUCAAAGAUGGCGCAUGAGGUUAUUAAAGCUGCGCGCUCUGAAGGCAUCGACUGCAUAGUCGCUCCCUAUGAGGCAGAUUCUCAGCUGGCGUAUUUGAAUAGACACGGAUUUGCCCAGGCGAUCGUUACAGAAGACUCUGAUCUUCUUGCUUUUGGUUGUAAAACGGUGAUUUUAAAAAUGGACAAGUUUGGAAAUGGUUUAGAAAUUGAUCAGAACCGAUUUGGCAUGUGUAAACAUCUAGGGGAUGUGUUCACGGAAGAGAAAUUCCGCUACAUGUGUAUCCUGUCUGGCUGCGACUACCUACCUUCUAUCCAUGGUAUUGGAUUAGCCAAAGCAAGUAAACUUCUGAAAAUUGCAAAUAAUCCGGAUAUUACUCAGGUUAUUAAGAAAAUUGGGCAGUAUCUGAAAACAAACAUAACGGUUCCUGAUGGCUACAUAGAGGGUUUUAUUCGUGCAGACAAUACGUUUUUAUACCAGUUAGUCUUUGAUUCCAUAAAAAAAAAACUGGUUCCGCUGAAUCCUUAUGAAAAUGGGAUAGACCCCAAAGAAUUAAGUUACGCAGGCCCUAACAUUGGGCAUUCAGUGGCUUAUCAAAUUGCACUUGGAAAUGUGAACGUCAACACAAUGGAAAAAAUAGAUGACUACGAUCCUGAUGUUCCACAGUCUUCCAAGCAGAGCAGUCACAGCUGGAACGGCAAUACCACAAUCCAAUCCAACAGCAUCUGGCAGAGAAAUUCUACUCCUGAUAGAAAAAUUGAAGAGACACAAAAAGUUGGGGACAAGCCUAAGCCCAGGGGUUUAAUAUUGCCCAGUAACAAGAACAAAGUGAAAAGACCUCAUGAAGGUGGGGCAUCUGAAUCUGAUCUCCUCAGUCAGUAUUCGUUUUCUCAGAGUAAGAAACCUAAAAUAGAAGGUGACGAUAAUUUAACAAAGCUAAAGAGUCCCCGUCUGAGUGCCGUACAGCCAUCCGAUGAUCCUGCAGUUAACACAGAAUCUCAGCCCAGAGCCAGAAAUACAUUUGCUGCACUUUCCAAAAGGAAAAAUGAAGAGUGCGGAUCAAUUUCCGUUCCCGGGACCAGAAGCAGGUUUUUCUGCAAGCCUUCUGAUCUGAUGACCUCAUCGGUGGACAUCUCCAAUGGUUGUGAGGCAUCUGGCGAAACAACUCCAAACAUGAAACUAACAGAAUCCUGCAAUAAACAGUAUAACAUAGAGCAGAGUCCAUCUCCUGUGUCUGGAACCAGCGACAUGACCUCUUUCUCUGCCUCUCCACUCCAAAAUCCCAGAAACUGUUUUAGCUGGUCGGGAAGAUUGUCCAAGGGCAGCAUAAAACCACAGGAUCUCUCCCCUUCUCUGCUGUCCCUCAAACGCUUUCAGAGAACUAAAAAUGUGUUUGAUUUGAAUUUGGAAAACGACAAGACUGAUUCAUCAGACAAACCUCAGGACAGUGGUGACCAGACCGGUCAAGUCUUAACCUCCUCUGAAAAUAAAAGUAAAUUAACUGUGGCAGAAAUGGAAGACUCCUCCAGCUCAGAAGAUCUUGACAAGACUGAAGAAUACAUUAGUGAUUUUAGUUUGAAAGUGUCUCCUGUGCAUCAAACUGCUUUCCCUGAGUCGAAGCCCAUCACAAAGAUUAAGGUGCCUGGACUGCUUAAACCCAAGACUGUGGAUGCACGUUCUGUUUCCAGACUGAAGCCAAUGGCACCUGCCAAAGCUAGUGGUCUGAGUAACAGAGCAAGACCUUCGCAAAACAACGAGAACCGGCCUGGACUGCAAACAACCAUCAAUGAUCUGUGGAAAAACUUCAGUUUUAAGAAGCAUUAAAGGCACGUGGUGCACGGACUUUUUGCCUUCUAGUUUGGAAUCCUAUUUGGUACAGCUUGGAGCUAAUUUUAUAAAACCAUCUUUAUAUAUAAGGCCCUUGUUGUAAAAUGAGUACCUUUUUAGUAAUAAAGAUGAAAUAAUCUUAACUAUCAACCGUGAAAUGGAGUACUUGAGGGACAGAUGCCCAAAUGCAACCAAUAUUCCUUUUUUUUUUUUUUUUUUUUUACCUUUUGUAAACUGAAAAAUAUUGCUGCUUUUUGUCACUUUUUUUUUAUUCUGUUGGUUUGAAUGUAUUUCUUGCAUCCUAAACUGCACGGUUGCAAUGUAUUGGUGAUUUUUAAUGGCUGGGUAAAUUCAAGCAGUAAGUAAAUUUUAUUUGCGUUUACCUCCCAGCAUGCCUAGCUACACAAAGGCAGUGAUGUAUAUUUUAUAAUUGGUAUUUAACAUUCAUCUACUCUCCACUCGGCAUUGAUGCUGAGGCUUCGACCUGCAUUGCCUUAAAGUAAAUGUCUAUCUUUUUAUCACCAUGUAUUAUUUUAGGGCCAAUAUUUGUUUAAUUUCUUUCAUUUAGUGGUUGGAGCGUCCCUUUUUCUGAUACAGAGCUCCAGAUUCUCUGAAUAGACACAAACAUGCUGGCUGCCUGCAGCAAACACUGGAGGGAAUGUGAGAUCUUGCGGCAUCCUGUUGCAUCGUUGAGUUUAGUGCAUAGCAGUUUGUAGCAAGCUUCUAAACUCCCCCCUAGUGGCUACUACAUAUAGUUUACUUAGCUUUAAAAAACAAAAAAAUUGUCACCAUGAACUUGCAGUGCAGCAUAUGAUAGAGCUAGAGGAGUGGGGCUGUGUAACUUAUAGUUUGAUGAGAAAUGAUUCUCAUUAAUCUCUGCUUCUUCUGAGCUCUGUAGCCAUGUGGGAGGCCCUAGUCAAUUAUCUCCCAGUUAUCUCUGUAUGCACACCUACACAUGGAAGGCUGUCCGUCACUGAUGGGACUGCCAUCAUAGCUUCUGGGCUCAGAAAGAACAGUUUUAAAGGGAGUAUAGAAGCAGUUUUCACCAUGCAAAACUGCUGACAGCGCUAGGUAGAGGUUGGAGAGAGUAGUACUCUUUGUGGAGCUAUUAUCAGGAGUAGAGAUGAGCGAACCUCUGUUUUAAGUUCGGCGUCUAAA